AAAUUUUUUGACGGCAAAGAAAUUACAAGCUGGUUGUCCCAAGCUAUCAGUUCAACAACACACAGCAAUAUCACCAAAUCAAACUGAGAAAUAUCUCUAAAUAAAUAGACCUUAAUCUAUAUUCAUUUUAUCCAAUACUUUCUAUAUUAUUUAAUUUCUUUGCUCCCCCUUCCUUUGCGACAGACCCCCUUUUGUAUACAAAAAACUCUAAGUGGUCACACGAAAAGAAAACUAGCCAGCCAUGACAGCACAAAGACGUUCCUCGCGAAGUACCAAGGGUAAACACAGCAAGAGAUUCACAGACGAGAUCAUCGGGGAUGAUCUUGAUUUGCUUGAUAAGCACCGUGUGAAGAAACAAAAGAUUCAAGAAGGUGUACACGAGGAUGACAAGGAGUAUAAACAAGAAGACGAAGGGGUGGUUGAUUGUCGCCCCUGUGGAACAAAUCAAGAUAACUAUGACGAAGAAAACGAUCAAGGUGGUACUUUUAUCCAAUGUGACAAGUGUAACACGUGGCAACACGCAAAGUGUAUGGGAUUUACCAGAAACAAGCGUAUUCCAGAAAAUUACACCUGCGAUCAAUGCAGUCCUGAGUUAUACGACAAAGAAAAACUUAAAAGAAGGUCGGCAAAAUCACAAACCCCCGAGAAGAAAACUAGCACCGAGGAAGAAGAACCUAAACUAGAUACCAAACCAGUUGUCACCCUUGAUAGUUUAAAGGAUGAUACCAGAUUAAGCACCGCCAAGGCAUUUUUCAACUUUUUCAAAAGAAGCUUCCCACCUGAAGAUCAAAGUUCAACUGAAGCAAAAGAGCUCAAGGCUACUGAAUGGGCGUUAGAGAUCGAGGAUAUCAUAUUCCGAGAAUUCCAAGGGAAAUUGUAUACUUCAGAAGGUAGAAGAAUCUUGUUCUUACUCAAGAAGUAUUUCAUGAAGGAUAUUUUACUGGGCACCAUUACUUUUGAAGAUAUUGUCAAGAAGACUCCUAAAGAAAUCAACCAGAAUAUCGAGAAAAUUGAAGCUCAAAAUAAAGAAAACAUUAAAAACAUUAUCUUGCAUGAAAAUGACACCAAUGAAAUUAUCAGACGAACCCAUAAAGGUGACAUUGUUAAAGAAAAUGAGAAUGACAACGAUAGAGUUGAUUGGAUUGAUGCAAGUAUAACUACCAAGAAGGUUGAUCAUAGGAUUUUCUCUAGUGAAGAAGAGGGUACUCCUGAUGUAAGGAAACCAAGUAUAACUGCUAGUAGUAUAGAACAAAGUACUUAUAAUAAUCUCAACCCUCGUAUAGAAGAUUCUGAUGAUGAUGACGAUGACGACGAAGAGGAGGAGGAGAAGAAGCAAGAAAAAGUAGAAGAAAAUACAGUCAAGACUGAAGCAACAUCUGAAAAACAAAAUUUGUCUCCCGAAACGAAAUCUUCUGAAUCAAGCGAUUUGGAACAAGUAGAGCACCCGGACGAGGAUGCUCUAUUCCCAAUAUUAACAGGUGGAAAACCCAUAAAACCAGUUGAGAUUGUUAAUCCGAAAGUUUGGGAAGGUACCAUCGAGUUUCCUGAUUUCACUCAGUUUGAAGCAAUUGGAGAAUUCCAUACUUGCACCAAUUAUUCCAUCAACCAUGCCAAAGGUCAAGCUAUAUGUCAUGAUAUUUUAGAUCAAAAAAUUUACCAUGUUCAAGGAAGACUAGAUCGAAAAGUUGCCGAUGGAUAUUUAAACAAAAUUACAAGCUCCCGAGACUUGAUAUUUGUCGAGAUUAAACAUGCCCCUCUCCAAGAAGACCAAUUCAAUAAGUUGUAUCAGUAUUUGUUACUUGAGGAUAAGGUUGGUGUAUUAUCAGGUAAGCCAUGGUUUGUCAAAGAUGCGUAUAUCAUGCCUAUUGAUUUCAGGGACGAUAAUAUGCCAUCAUAUGUAAAAAGCCACAAGAGGGAUAUGAGAAUUGGGUUAUUUGCUGCUUUUGUCGUGAAACGAGAUUAUCGACCUCUGACUGGAGCUCUUGCUGCUGACAAUGUUACUUCCACCAGUAGUUACAACGAAGGACUCUCAUUCGAAGCGAUCAUGAGUCAACUUGGAGGAAGCAAUAACUCAACUUAUGUUUGAUGAUUUUAUGUAUAUAAUAUUUGUAUAGUAUUCUGUAAUAGUACCGAGUUAAUCUAGAAAUGUCCUAAUAGGUAGUUUGCAGUGUGCAGUUUAAUAGUUAAAGUUGAAAAGUUUC